AUGGCGUCAGUCGACGCGCCACUUACAGAUGCCAAGUCGACGGCAACGACGGUGCUAUGGCAGGUCUACCACCGUCCCCGUACACAGCGCAAGACAAUUGCCCUGUCAGUCCUUGCACUAAUCCUCGUAUUUUAUAUGCUUCACUCGUCGUCAAAACGACCUGAACCCAACUUCUGGACCAAAUUCCCCUCGCAACAUCCUUUCCCUGAGCGCCCUGAAGAUGUCCAGGUUAUUCUCCCUCCCCGGAUGGAUAUCAAUGUCAACCAGACCCUCCCACACAACCUGGACAAGCCCAACCCACGGCUGCAUCUAUUGGUCCCCGCCUCGCAAGGCUCGCGUGGAGUAUGCCGCACGCUUACAUCGGCUAUGAUACUGGGAUAUCCACCACCUACACUAGUUGGAUACGGCCAUGACGCACCGGGGGCGACUGAGACAGAGCGCAUGGUGGAGCAGAUCACCCGUGCACGGAACUACCUCCGCGACAGCAAGAUCGUGCAUGACCGCGAUUUUGUGUUGAUGGUAGAUGGGCUGGACACUUUCUUCCAAUUGCCGCCACAGGUUCUGGUAAAGCGAUUCCAGAAUAUCAUUCGGGCCAACAACCACAAGCUGCAGGAUAAGUUUGGCUUUGCCGGAUUGGAUGACCGGCCGGUGUCUGAGAGUGUACAGAAGUACACCCAGCGGGUGCUAUUUGGUGCGAGCAAGGUCUGUUUCCCGGGUUUGCAGGACGACCCCGGUUGCGCUUCUGUCCCUGAUUCCACUUUGCCUCCGGAUGUGUAUGGCUGGAAGACGGACUCCUAUCCAGAUGGGCACCUGAACCGACCCAAAUGGUUGAAUCCCGGAGCGGUAAUUGGCCAAGCAGCCGAUGUCCGGUUGAUCUACGACGAAGUCCUGCGACUGCUCGACCAACGCGCCAAGGUUUCCAGCGACCACAAAGCUCUAACCCAGAUCUACGGACGACAAGAAGUAAUCCGAGAACUGGAGCGGCGCCGCACAACCAACGGUGUCAAGGACUGGUUCUACCAUCUCCUAGGCAUAUCCGACGCAGCAAACAUAACCGGAAUAAGCCUCCGACUCGAAACAGGCCACCGAUACGAGUACGGCAUAGGCGUGGACUUCGAAUCGCAACUGUUCUUCAACCAAAUAAUGUCCCGCGACGACGUGGAAUGGGUAAAAUACAACAACAUAACGAAAAUGUCCAUGCUCCAAGCCCAACACGGCGUCCCACGCGAACACCGCCUCCUCCUCCCAAAUGACAUAGCAACCCUCCCAAACCCAUACAACCAAUCCCGCUUUGCAAAAGAAUCAACCCUCCGCCCAGUCUGGAACGCUACACUUGACAAACUCCCCAAUCCCCAAAACAUCUCCUGGCACAACAGCCCCCUAAUGACAAAUGUCCACUCAGGCCACAUCCCAGCCCUAACCCACUUAAAUGGCGACUCCAAACUCCGCAACACAUGGUGGGAGAACAUGUGGUUCUACCCCUGGGCGCGCGCCCUGCUACGCAAAUACGUCCGUGGCGCACACGGCUUCGACGCGGCACAAUCUGCUCUGCUGGGCGGGCAGGAUUGGCUGGAGGUUCGGGGUGGGCGUGGUGGGAUCUGGACGGAUGAUGAGAAUUGGAUAACCCUUGCUGAGGUUUGUAAUGGGCAGGAGAGGGAUCUGUUUGAUGAUGGUCUUGGGCUUUGGUCCAAGGAGGCUGAUGAUCCUGAUGAGCCUGUUUAUAAUCAGUAUGGGAGUCUUAUUUCGGGCAAGGAGGAUUUUGAGAGGGAUCACCUGUUCAAGUAG